AUGGUCGGCAACGAAACGUACAAGUCGAAGGACAACUUCAGUAACUGCGCGCAAGCAGAACUCGGCCAAGACUUAAGAGAUGCUAGCAAAAUAAACUCACGUAAUUUGCAAAACAACAACGGUAACUCUUCGGUAGUUCCGCGUUUUACCAAGGAAGACUCGCCUCCGGGAGAUCGAGUCAAAUUUGAAGGGUUAGAGGGCAUUGAUAGUAUAUUUUCAGAAAAGCACAAUGACAAACUACCACCUAUCCCUGACGGAGGAUGGGGGUGGAUGGUUGUCUUUGCCGCAUUCCUAACAGCAGCAUGUGCAGACGGCUUAACGUACUCAUUUGGUAUUCUUCAUGAAGAGUUCACAAACUAUUUCGAACAAUCCCAGUCUAAGACCUCCCUGAUUGGGAGCUUAUUCAUAUCAACACCACUAAUAUCUGGACCAAUAAUGAGCGCUCUAGUUGACAGGUACGGCUGCAGGACCAUGACAAUGAUUGCCGCUGUUCUAUCAACAAUGGGUUUCUUACUGGCCGCUGUUAGCAAUUCAGUAGAAAUGCUGUGUUUAACCCUUGGUUUUUUUUGUGGUACAACGAUGGGAAUUUUUUACAUUACUGCCGUAGUACCAGUCGCAUUCUGGUUUGAUAAAAGGAGAACUCUUGCAGUAUCUAUAGCUUCAUGUGGUGUUGGAGUUGGAACUCUGAUAUACUCACCACUAACCGACUUUCUUCUACAGCAUUACGAUUGGAGAAAUACUCUUGUUUUAUUGGGUGGUGCCGUUUUAAACAUAUGCGUCUGUGGAGCUCUGAUGAGAGAUCCAGAUUGGAUGAUAAUCAAAGAAUUAAGAGAAAAGAAGGAAGCUAAGGCAAAAUCAAGAAAAUCUUCGAGUGCUGGAUCUAUUUCGUUAAGAUCAACCGGUGGUGACUCUAUGUAUUUAAGCGCUGAUGAAAUAAAUGCGUUAUUAAAAAGUGGUAGAAGUCCAGAAUAUAUUUUGGCCACACUAGCAACUUCUUUGGCAGAGGCUGAGCAGUUAGAGGCGACAACACAGAUGAAUGUUGAGCAGUCAAACAAAAGAUCUCAUUCUGUUAUACAAGUUCCUACUUUCGUCCAAAAACGCGAAGAGGUACCAGUGGAGGUGAUAGAAAGACUGUUGACUAAUAAACAUUUGUACAAUAUAAUUCUACAAAACUAUCCCGAUUUACUCACAAGGAGACAUUCGGAAGUCAAUUUCAACUUGGAACCAUCGAUAGCUAACAAACUGACGGAACCAAAGAAAAUGAACUUAACUCUGAUGGCUAAGAAAUCGAAAACAGAAACUGAACAAACAAAGACAGAUAAAAAAGAGAAGAUUAAAGAAACGCCUAAUAAUGAAAUAACAAAUAACGUAGUAGCCGAUACAACGGAUCUCAAAGCAAAAGAGCAGAAACCUAUACCGAACCCAGGCAAACCAAUAGAACAGCCUGGAUGGCUUUCAAGACAACUGAACAUUGACCACCAUUACUUAAGAGAUAUGACGUUAUAUAAAAACACCAUCAUGUAUCGUGGGGCGAUGUUGAACAUACCAAGAUAUAAACUCCGAGCUUCAUCGUUACCAGACAUUUACAAAAAUUCAACAUGGUCUUUGUGGUCUAGUUCAGAUGAUUAUAAGAAAUGGUACGACAAAAUUAUAGAUGGCUUCAAAUCGACCUUCGACUUCAAAAUGUUUACGGAAUUUCAUUUCCUCAUUUUCAACUUCGCGAGUCUUAUUCUUGCUGUGUGGGCCAUGAUCCCUUACUUCUUCCUCAAAUCUUAUAUGACAGCUAUGAAUAUGGAAGGUGGAGCGACCAUGAUCAGCAUCAUUGGAAUCGCAAGUGGAAUCGGCAUUGUGGGCUUAGGAUGGUUCGGUGACCAACCCUGGUUUAACGUGACCAAAGCAUACGCCGUAUGCCUCGUCAUCUGCGGUUUAUCCAUCGGCGUUUAUCCUCUAUUCAUUGAGAACUACUGGGCUGUGGCGGUCAUUUCAACAAUCUUUGGCGUUUCCUACGCAAGUUCGUAUUCAUAUACUCCAGCAAUAUUGAUAAAAUUGGUGCCUAUCGACUAUUUCACACUUGGCUAUGGACUUAUCUUACUAAGUCAAGGAAUCGGUCAUCUGAUUGGUCCACCCCUUGGGGGCCUCCUUUUUGAUACAACGAUGACUUGGAACUUAACAUUUUACGUCGGCGGUGUAUGGGUGAUGAUCAGCGGUGUGUGUGUCGGUAUAAUACCGUACACGAGGAACGUGCGUCUGUGUGGGUCGGCCCCAUUGCUAAAUAAACUUGAAGAAGCACAGAGUAAAAAGUCUGUUAAUGUUUAACCAAAGAUAAUAAAGAGAUAAGAAAUAUGUAAAUAAAUACUUUGUUAAUGUG